UGGUGCAAAAUAUCGCCACAUAAUUACAAUAAAUUACACUAGCUAACGCCUACACCUACUCCAACCCUAAACCCAACAUUACAAUAAUAAAAAAAUAUUAAUCAACUGUUUUUCGCUUGACAAAAUUAUGCGGUGUUGAAGUGCGCAUGCCCAGUGGACGUCGCUGUAUCCCUUCUAGUCAAAACCGAGCUGAGCGUGGCUUGUCAUGUAAGUCAUCAUGGUGGAUGUGUUAUGUGUUAUGACUUUACUCAUCGUGUAAUCUUACAAAAGGCGCGAUCAUGCUGUUGCCUUCUCUCAGUCUUAUCCUGCCCAAUAGUUGUCAUGCCGCGUGGAGGAACCUUUCAAAAAUUAAGCAAAGCCCUUUAACACAAUGGUCACUGAGGAGAGGUCAGGCCACCAAAAGUGGCACAGUUGCGACAGUAUCGAUCCCCAGCACAGCAACAGAUCGAGUGGUGGGCCGUUGGCUGGUGGGCUGCAGUGGACUGGUUCUGGGCGCUGUCAUUUUGGGAGGUGUUACCAGAUUGACAGAGUCUGGGCUUUCUAUGGUCGACUGGCAUUUAGUGAAGGAGAUGAAACCCCCCCGGACUAAGGCUGAGUGGGAAGAUGAGUUCUCAAAGUAUAAACAGUUCCCAGAGUUCAAAAUCAUGAAUCAUGACAUGACUUUGACAGAGUUUAAGUUUAUCUUCUACAUGGAGUGGGGACAUCGUAUGUGGGGUCGGCUGGUGGGAUUAGUUUACAUCAUUCCUACUGCAUAUUUCUGGAGAAGAGGAUACUUCACACGGUCAAUGAAGGCUCGUGUUUUGGGCCUGUGUGGCUUUGUCUUCUUUCAGGUAACAUGUUUAGUAAAGUGCAAACAAGAACUUUAUUGCCUUUGUUGUAAAAUUUUGCAGAAAAGUGCUAGAAAUGGUUACAUGAAAUGGCUUAUUUAAACAUGACCUUAUGUAACUAUAAGAUAGAAGUGAUGUUCAAAUUAGAUUAUAUUUGAUGAUUGAUGAUUAAUGAUUAAACCAGAUUGCAUGUUCAUCCUGUUUGAACUUUGUGUCUUUCCCUAAAACUGAUGUCCCAAAAUGUUCUGAGCACGGUCUGGAAUGUUCACAGUUACGUUUCCAUCUAAGUCUUUUACGUUUACCUUCUAAAGAAUUCCAUUAUCUGUCCUGCAGUGGAAAAUGAAACCAUGCCUCUACCUGCUUUCCUGAAUCGGGACGAGUGGUUCAGCGCAAUCAAAUCAAAUCAAAUUUUAUUUAUAAAGCACUUUUAUAAAACAACAAUUGUUUUCCAAAGUGCUGUACAAGCAUGAUGAAAAUAAAAAUGGAUAACACAAAGUAUACAAAAAACAAUGAAAGUAACGGACAUAAACUUCGAACAAGUACAAAAAACAGCUCUUAUCGGAGUUAAAAGCCGAGGUAUAAAAGUAAGUUUUAAGACUGGAUUUAAAAACAGUAAGUGAUUGGGCCUGCCUGAUAUAUAGAGGCAAAGGCCUGGUCACCCCUGCUUUAUAGCCUUGUACGAGGUACAACCAAGAGUAAUUGGUCAGCAGAUCUAAGUGCUCUCACUGGAUUAUGCAGAAUAAUUCAAUCAGAAAGUUACUUUGGUGCAAAUCCGUUUAAAGACUUAUAAACUGAAACCAAUAACUUAAAAUCAAUUCUAAAACCAACGGGAAGCCAAUGGAGAGAUGCCAAUACUGGAGAAAUAUAUUCAUGCUGGCGCGUCCUAGUUAACAAGCGAGCAGCAGCAUUUUGCACCAUCUGCAAACGUUUGAGGUCAGCCUGAUUUAUACCUACAUUAAUUUGUUUGUUCGUUUUAAAAUUACAGAAGGAGCACAUAAAUUCCCCGAGGCGGACUGAAAAACUUAUCAGACAAAUAAGAUCUAAACCACUCCAACGCUGUCCCUCUAACUCCAACACAAUGCUCUAAUCUAGAAAGCAGGAUAUUAUGGUCUACCUGUGUCAAAUGCAGCCGUAAGAUCCAGGAGCAUGAGGAUGGCAUAAUCAGUCAGUGGCUAAUAAAAAAUAAUUAAAAACUUUCAAUAGGGCAGUUUCUGUACUAUGGAGUGAUUUAAAACCAGACUGAAACACUUCUUGCAAACCAUGUUGACUUAAAAAUGAUUGCAAUUGUGUAAAAACAACCUUCUCUAACAUUUUAGAUAGGAUUGGUAGCUUUGAGAUUAUCAAGAAUCGAGGUAUCCAAGUUUGACUUCUUAGUCAAUGGUUCCACUAUAGCAUGUUUAGAAUUUAGGGGUACAACUCCUGAGGCAAGGCUGCUAUUUAUGAUUUCCUGAAUUUUUGGUCAAAGGGUUUCGAAUUUUUUUUAAAAAAACGAGAAGGAAUGAUAUCUAAGCUAGGGAUGCACCAAAACGAAAAUUCUUGGCCGAAGCUGAACAAGAUGUGAAACACUUGGACCGAAGGCCGAAUAAUACCGAUCACCGAACAUGUUUUUUUGCAUUUCUUCUAUUUAUUAAGCCAUUUCACUAUUGCACAAACUGAAUAGUCAAAAUGUGCUUUUUAUAAUUUGUCUUGCUUUUCAAUAAAAUACAAUACAACUUAAUAUAAAAUUGAGCAAAACAAAGUAAAUUCAAACAAAAAAUUGAGCCCUCUCCCUUCAUGAAUAGCCUAUAUUAAUUAGGCCUAUAACUGACUGCUAAAAGAAUGUAAGUUACUCUGUACCCCUACAACAAAACAGUUCAUUAAAAACUGUCAUUCCA